GAUUCCCUCUUUCACCGUUAAUUCCCCUCCAAUGGCUCCCCUCUUGUAACGAUCUCCUCUCAAGAUUUGAAUCUCUGCCUAUACUAUUUCUACUUCGCUGUAAUUCUUCCUUACCCAGUUUCGAAUCUGUGUCUGUCGUCUUAAUUGCAACAACGUUGAUUCGCAAUUAUUCAAUAACUUUUGAAAUUGGUUUCAAUGGCGCAAGCGCCGAAUCCACGUAAUGGCGAGUCAAGCACGCCAUUGAUGGGCGAUAAUUAUGAUGGGAUUAUUCCUCAGUUGUUUACGUCUGUACCAGCUCUGAAUGAAGCUGCUUCUUAUUUAGCACAAACAACAUCCUACUUUACCCGUUGUUUUUCUGAUUAUUCAGUAGAAUACUCCCCUGGCGAAUCCCAAUCUGGCUUUUAUGCUGAAGAGAUGCAGAGGUUUUCUUCUGGAGUGACUGAGGCAUCUUCUGCUACAGCUGCUGAGCAAAUAUAUUCUGAUGGAAACUGUUUAAGACAUACUGAAUCAUCUAGUACAACUUCAGCACCUUCACAUAUGCAGGAUGGAAUCACAAGGACUUCUGCAGGAGAUUCAUCACAAAAUUCUGGCACGCUCAUAGUUUCAAGUCGUACUGGUCAAAGUGGCAUUUCUAUUUUCCAGAGGAUUGGUUCACAUUCUAUGGUAACGGCUUUCAGUAACCAUGGACCGCUGUACUUUGUCAACACAAAAGCCAGCUUCUCAAAGAUGGGUUUAACCUGUCAUAUUGCAAAGAUACACAGUGAGGCUUCAGUCGAGAAAAAUGCCAAAGAGAUAAAAGAGUACAUAGAGGAAAUUUAUUGGGGCUCCAACAAACGUGUUUUGCUUCUUGGGCAUAGCAAGGGAGGAGUAGAUGCAGCCGCCGCUUUAUCAUUGUAUUGGUCUGACUUGAAAGAUAAAGUUGCUGGAUUGGCAUUAGCACAAAGUCCCUAUGGUGGUAGCCCUAUAGCUUCGGACCUUUUGAGACCAGGACAGCUUGGGGACUAUGUAAAUUUACGGAAACUUACAGAGAUUCUUAUCUGUAGGAUAAUGAAGGGUGACAUGCGUGCUUUGGAAGACCUCACAUAUGAGAAGAGGAGGGAAUUUUUGAAAGAGCACCAUCUGCCAAAAGAGCUGCCUCUUGUUUCUCUUCACACUGAGGCUGGCAUUUCUCCUGCAGUUUUAGCCACAUUAUCUCAUGUUGCACAUGCUGAACUCCCCAUGAUUACUCCUUUAUCAGCAGGGGAACCUGCAAAACUCCCUGUGGUGAUGCCUUUAGGAGCAGCAAUGGCCGCUUGUGCCCAGCUGCUACAGUUGAGGUAUGGCGAGAAGAGCGAUGGGCUCGUGACUUGCCGAGAUGCAGAAGUUCCAGGAUCUGUGGUGGUACGGCCCGACCGAAAAGUGGACCAUGCUUGGAUGGUUUAUUCUUCACCGAAAGAUGACACUUCAGAAGGAGAUGCAGCUCAGGUUUGUGAGGCUCUCUUGACGCUUCUUGUAGAAGUUGGGCAGAAAAAGAGGCAUGAGAUCGCAAUGAAAGAUGAAUGAAUCAUGCGAAUUAGGCUUCGCAUUUCUUUCGUGUUGUUGUCCCUGUACAUAUAUACAUCCCUCCAUACUCGCGAUUUAUUGUUUCCCUUAGUCUUGGCAAAAAUCAAUACGGAUGAUUUUUUUUCUUUCCCCUUUGGCAUCAAAUCUGCGAUGCGGAUCUUGUAUAGGUGAAAAUAUACAUUCAGAUUAUAUAAAACUUAUCCUUGCAAAAA